AUGCCUGUUGCUAUUCAAAGAUCAGGAGACCCUUGCACCCCUGGACGUGCGUACACGCGCAAGCCCUCGACAGCUGAGAGUGCAGACAAAAUGCCAUCAUCUGGAAAGAAAUCAUGGAAACUGGGCUGCAUUAGCGACGGCAGUUUUCACUUCAUUGCGCGUGUGCGAGGCUUGUCUCCCAACGCUGGCAGUGUUCUCGGCGUGGCUCGACCUGACCUCGGCAUCUACGACAGUGCGCAUGCCCUUUUUGCAACGAUGCGUGCAGCGUCCUCGCUUGUCGAAAUGUUGUCGCUGAGAAACGUGUUGGCCAUGCGACUUGUUGCAAGAAGACGACGUCGAGUUUUCCAGGAUGAAAAAAGGUUUGGUUGGUCUCUCCUUCCGACGGCCCGCGAAAAACGGAUCGCCCCGCUCCGCAAACGUGACGGCUCUCUGGCGUUGUGUUUUCUUCCGAGUAAUGACAAGAUUCAUCAUCAGCCAACAGACAUAUUGCCCCUCGUGAAUCUGUGA